GGACCGGCACGCAGGUUGUAGUGGGCGCUAAAUGCUGUACCAUCACGGCACGUUCGAGAGAACAGUUGCCUUGAGAUUUGUAGUCUGCCAGAAAUAUCGGGAGGGUUGAUAAGUAUGACGCUGUCAAGUGCCAUUCAUAUAAAACCAGUGGGCCGCACUAUCAUUCAAUUUUCAUAUUAAGGUGUGGGCCGCGUGUCUGAGACCCUUGGUUUAUACAUAGCACAAAGCAAAAAAAAAAACUUUGUAUGCAGAGUUAUUUCAUUUUAAAUUUCAAAAGAUUUUUGUGGCUCCCAUUGUUUUCUUUGAUUUGUGAAACUGGUCAAAAUGGCUCUUUGACUGGUAAAGGUUGCCGACCCCUGACCUAACUGAUGAUUGUGUACAGUUCUGUAAACUGCCAACUAAGGGACACUAAAAUACCUUAAAGAGGUGGAACCAGGCUGAGGCUCACCAGGAUACUUACUCUUUUCACACAUGCUUGUGUGGAAUGCCACACGGCAACGGUAGUCCAUCUCUAAUUGAAGAGUGGAGAAUGGCUUUCCGAAGUCUGUUUUUAGACUCCUUCAUGUCAGCUUUUAAUCUCUCGGGACGCCUUAGAGGGGGACAUGAUUUGCUCAAGUAGUUUGUUUUUGGUAGUUCAGCUUCCUUAGUCUCUUGGCGCUCUUUAUUUAUUUAACACGUAUAACCUAGCGCCCCAGAAUUUAUUACAAAUUGGUUAUGUUACGUUAACUGGAAACAGAAUAAUUUUUCCAUCUUGACUAAUUAUCAAAUCAAAGAAUGGUCAAAGCGUAAGGUCAUUUGGAUUUAAAGUGAUCCUGCACGCUACAGACAUAACUCAACAAGUUAGGAAUGCCGUGCUGUGAAUUGCCUCUUGAGAAGUCUGUAUGAAUGAACACACUGGUUCUGUUGCUUGCCACGGCACUUGGCAUGCUAAGGGGUCACAGAGAAAGCGUCCAAGCUGCAAAUCCACCCCGCUCCCCCUCCACGACACUGACGUCUGCUUGGCCAAUUGGUGGAAUCGGAGAGCACUAGUGGGCGUGAGCUUAUAUGCGAGUGUGUUGGUGCUCCGAGAGCGCAUGCGAACUGAGGCCCAAAGUGGGGAAAGCCUUGCACACCGAUCUAAGCCAGCUGCUUUGAUUAAACCACUACACAGGAAGACUGCAAAACCAUCCAUCCCCCAACCAUCAGAGCAACUCUACAAACAGCAGGCAAGCACAUGCAAACUUAAGCUCUGUGGACUUUUUUUAAUCAGCCAGAAGCUCACCAAGGAGACCUUCUGUUUGUGAUUCUCUCUUGUCAACGGGUACCCGAGGCCCUGCGACCCCUGAGCUAAUGUGAAGCUCUGCGGAGGAGGGGAGGAGGAAAGUUAGUGGGAGGUGGGAGGCCUACAGUGGGGCAACUUCCAGAAAGGAGACAGACAGCAGUCGCCAGGAAGCGAGGAGAAGAUGGCCACAGGAGAGAUCACUACGCUUCCUACCACGCCUGAAGACGGCGGCAGUGGCGGCUUUCCCCCCGGAACCUUCAAGGAGCCCAAGAGGUUGUACUGCAAAAACGGGGGCUUCUUCUUGAGGAUAAAGUCAGACGGUGGAGUGGACGGAAUCCGGGAGAAGAGCGAUCCCCACAUAAUGCUUCAGCUGCAGGCGACCUCAGUAGGGGAGGUGGUCAUCAAAGGGGUUCGCGCCAAUCGCUACCUGGCCAUGAACAGAGACGGACGACUGUUUGGAGCGAGACGAGCAACUGAGGAAUGUUACUUCUUGGAGCGUCUCGAGAGCAACAACUACAACACCUACCGCUCCAGGAAAUACCCCACCAUGUAUGUGGCGCUGAAGCGGACCGGCCAGUACAAGUCUGGAAGUAAAACCGGACCGGGUCAGAAGGCUAUACUCUUUCUGCCCAUGUCGGCAAAGUGCUAACCUGGGACAAGGUUGAAAGAACGUUGGUGCCUUAGGUGUGAUGGCAGUGAAAGAAGGUACUGUAAGUCCACACUGCCUGGCACAGCUGUGAUCUUUGGAGACUCAUUUAUUCCGACACACCUGCUCUUGUUAAGCUUGACGUUUUGAAGCAAUCACUACUUUUACUGCAGAAGAAAAGAACGAGGAAAACGUCAGAGCCAAAGUCCUCUUUUGUACAUUCGGCUCCUAACCCUAUAGGGUCAUUGACACAUUUCAAGCACACCGUAAGGUUUUAUUAACUGUUAGACUACUUAGAAUACUUCAAAGUAUGUAUAUUUUCCUGAGGUGUCUUGUAGUAUUUGUGUUGUGGACACACAAAACAAUUCUAAGGCAACUAAAGUUUAGUCCAAUGACAGAAAACCGAAAGAUGAAGAAAACUUAGCUCAGACGUUAGAUUUGAGGCUCCAACUUUCUGCUCCCAACUCAUCAAAUACUUUUUUUUAAAAGUCUGUCGUUCAACUGAUUAAAUCAAGCUUGGUUGAUUUUAUCACCAAACUAUUAACCUUUGAUGAGUACUUGGGAAACCAGCAACCAUACAUUGUUUUGUACACAGAACACUGCACUGUUUUUUUUUGGAUCGUGUUUCACAUUUUGUAACAAUACUUAAGGUCUCAACAUUAGCCAAAAAGGUAUCUUCAAUUUAAAAUGUGUUCCUCUGUCCAUGCCAUGCAAAAAAAACAGUUAGCCGGGGUUUUUUUUCAAACUUUUCUUAGCUGGUAUAUGUUCAGAAGCAGAACAAAGCCUAACUUGUAACCCGCCGAACAACUCGGGCUUAGGCUGAAUCCCAAUUCUUGCCCUAAACACAUCCCUUUGGUCUUAUCCCGAGCCCACACAUCCCUUUGGUCUUACCCCGAGCCCUCACCCCUCGAACCAGGGGGCCAAGCGGUGGAAAACACACCUUAAGAAAUAUGACGCCACUCGUGUCCUUGACACGUCAUCACCCCUGGCCGCUUGGUGGAUGUUACUAUGAUACAGAUAAACUGUAACAAGCGGUCGUCACGGUAUUCAGAAUCUACAGUAUGUACAAUAGUUGUGCUAGCUAGUUGUCAGGACGAGCGAUUUUAAAACAAAAAAGUUUUGAAAAUGGUUCAUGUAAAUUCUGAAAAUUUAGCUGUUGAAUCAUUCAGGAAAUGUUGUCAAUUGAAGUCCAUUGUCUAAUAUUUUGACAGAGUAGUUUGCUAGAUGCAGUCGCGUUAGCUAGCUCAUGUGACAAGCGAGUUUAGGAUAGAAAACAUUCUAAACAUGGCUCAUGUAAAUUAGCUGUCUAAUCAUUCAUGAAAUGUAGUAAAUUGUAGUGUAGUUUGUUCGCUGCUCGUCUGAUACCGUAGUUUCAGCUGCGUGAGCUAGCCCGUUUGACGAGCAAUUUUAGAAUAGAAAAAAAACAUUCUAAACAUGGCUAAUGUAAAUUCUGAAAGUAAAUUAGCAAUCUAAUCAAUCAUGAAAUGUAGUAAAUUAUUCUGUAUUCUGCUACCCUGACAUCGUAGUUUAUUAGCUACAGUCGCGUUGGCUCGUGUGACAAGCGAGUUUAUAAUAGAAAGCAUUCUAAACAUGGCUCAUGUAAAUUAGUUGUCUAAUCAUUCAUGAAAUGUAGUUAAUUGUAGUGUAGUUUGUUUGCUGCUAGUCUGGUACUGUAAUUUAAUACCAACAGCUGCAUGAGCUAGCGCGUGUAACGAGCGACUAGAAAAAAAAAUACAUUCUAAACAUGGCUAGUGUAAAUUCUGAAAGUAAAUUAACAUUCUAAUCAUUCAUGAAAUGUAGUAAAUUGUUUUAAAGUCUUUAUUCUGCUACCCUGAGCUCGUAGUUUUUUAACUACAGUCGUGUUAGCUAGCUUGGGUGACAAUCAAGUUCAUAAUAGAAAACAUUCUAAACAUGGUUAACUUAAAUUAUAUGUGAUUCAUGGAAUGUGAUACAUUGUAGUAAAGUCCGUAUUUUGCUACCCUGACGUCAGUUUAUUAGCUACAGUCACGUUAGCUAGCUCGUGUGAUAAGUGACUUUAGAAUCGGAAAAAAAAAACAUUCUUAAAAUGGCUAUCGUAAAUUCUGAAAGUAAAUUAGCAAGCUAAUCAUUCAUCAAAUGUAGUAAAUUGUAUCAAAGUCUUUAUUCUGCUACCCUGACCUCGUAGUUUUUCAGCUACAGUCGUGUUAGCUGCUCGUGUGACAAGCAAGUUCAUAAUAGAAAACAAUCUAAACAUGGCUAACUUAAAUUAUAUGUCUUAUUUUAUAUUAUAUAAAAUCCAUAUUUUGCAACCCUGACGUCAGUUUAUUAGCUACAGUCACGUUAGCUAGCUCGUGUGAUAAGCAAAUUCAGAAUAGAAAACAUUCUCAACAUGGCUAAUCUAAAUUAGCCGUCUAACAAUUCAUGAAAUGUAGUCAAUUGUAGUGAAGUCUGUUUGCUGCUAGCCUGAUACUGUAAUUUAAUACCAACAGAUGUUCCAGCACCCCCCGCGACCCUGAAAGGGACAAGCGGUAGAAAAUGGAUGGAUGGAGAUGCGUUAGCUUGCUCGUUAGACGAGCGACUUUAGAAUAGGAAAAAAAAAAUUCUUAACAUGGCUAAUGUAAAUUCUGAAAGUAAAUUAGCAAUCUAAUCAUUCAUCAACUGUAGUAAAUUGUUUCAAAGUCUGUAUUCUGCUACCCUGACACUAGUUUCUGAGCUACAGUCAUGUUAGCUAGCUCGUGUGACAAGCGAGUUUAGAAUAGAAAACAUUCUAAACAUGGCUAACUUAAAUAGUCAUUUAUGAAAUGUAAUACAUUGUAGUAAAGUCCAUAUUUUGUUACCCUGAUGUCAUAGUUUAUUAGCUACAGUCACGUGAGCUAGCUUGUGUGACGAGCGAGUUUAGAAUAGAAAACAUUCUAAACAUUGCAAAUCUAAAUUAGCCGUCUAACAAUUCAUGAAAUGUAGUGAAUUGUAGUAAAAUCCGCCUGCUGCUAGUCUGAUACCAUAAUUUAAUACCAACAGCUGCGUUAGCUAGCUCGUGUGGCAAGCGACUUUAGAAUAGAAAAAAAAAAUGUCUAAUGUAAAUUCUGAAAGUAAAUUAGCAAUCUAAUCAAUCAUGAAAUGUAGUAUAUUAUACUAAAGUCCGUAUUCUGCUACCCUGACAUCGUAGUUUGUUAGCUACAGUCGCGUUGGCUAGCUCGUGUGACAAGCGAGUUUAGAAUACAAAACAUUCUAAACAUGGCUAACUUAAAUUAUCCGUCUAGUCAUUCAUGAAAUGUAAUACAUUGUAGUAAAGUACGUAUUUUGCUACCCUGACGUUAUAGUUUUAUUAGCUACAGUCAAGCAAGUUUAGAAUAGAAAUUCUAAACAUGUCUAAUGUAAAUUAGCCGUCCAAUCAUUCAUAAAAUGUAGUUUGCUUGUCUGACAUCAUAGUUUACUAGCUACAGUCUAGCUAGCUCAUGUGACGAGCCAGUUUAAAAUGAAAAAAACAACAACAUUCUAAACAUGGCUAAUGUUAAUUCUGAAAGUAAAUUAGCCGUCUAGUCAUUCAUGAAAAGUAGUAAAGUCGAUGUUCUGCUAGUUUGACAUCGUAGUUUACUGCUGCGUUAGCUAGCUCGUGUGACCAGCAAAUUUGGAAUAGAAAAAAAGAAUUCCGCACAUGGCUAAUUUAAAUUAGCCGUCUAAUCAUUAAUGUUUUGUCUGACAUCGUAGUUUAUUAGCUACAGCUGCGUUGUUAGCCCGUAUGACGAACAAAUUAAGAUUAAAAAAAGAACAUUUGAAACAUUUUUUAGGAGUAGCAAAGGAUUGAAAACCUGAAAAAAACAUGAGUGUCAUUACAAUUAAAGUCAAUAAAGCUUAAAAUUACAGUAGUAACUCAGGAUACGAGUGCCCUAUUUUACCAGUUUUUCCGGAUACGAGCAGUCUCUCAACUAAUUGUUAAAUUUAGGUUGUGAGAAACGAGCCUCCCCACUGCUAGCCUGCACAGAAUGAGUCGAUAAUGCGAGCCAACGACGUUGAAAAUGAUUAUACCUUGGCAGACAUUUAUCCAUGAAAAUAUAAAGAAGCUGCUGAUGGCAAGUUGACGCAGGAAUCGUAGAAGUUGUCUGUCCAAAUGCUGUAGAUUGCUAAAUACAACUAGUGUAGUUUGUCGUAUCUAAAAGUUAGUUUUUAUUUUUUAAAGGCAUGUUACAUGUUAAAAUUGUGCGUUAAAAUGUUUUAAAAUCAUUUAAAUGCCCGAAUGAGGCGAAAUAAGGGGUUUUCAAGGCACGAUAUAUAUAUAUAUAUAUAUAUAUAUAUAUAUAUAUAUAUAUAUAUAUAUAUAUAUAUAUAUAUAUAUAUAUAUUUAUCUGCGACGUAUACCUGAAAAAAAUUGCAUGCUAACUUUUUUGUAAACACAUUUAUAGCAGGUAGCAUUUGACGCUGUAAUGUAUGCUUGUAAAAAUAGCUAAAAAAGCUAUCAUGCUAAAAUACCAACUGUAGCACGAAUCAAGUACCAAAAUAUAUUAUUCUGCGUUGUUUACCUGAAAAAUUUGUUAAAAAAGUUAACAAGCUAACUUUUUUUUAACAAAUUUUUAGCAGGCAGCAUUUGACGCUGAAAUGUAUACCUGUAAAUUAGCUGAAAAAAGCUAGCAUGCUAAAGUUAACGUGAAUGCAAAGGGUUAAGACGAGCGUAAAAGUGAGAAUUGGGAUUCAGACGUAAACUGUCGUCGCUGCUUAAGUCUGGUACUUCAUGUUGAGUUUGGUUUCUCUGCUCUGGUUUAGUCGCGGAGUUGGGAUGACAGAAAAUCUGAGGUCAACUGGUUGUCAAAUGCACUGUUCCCGUCUUCAAGUCACACCUUGUCUAAGCAGGGUGGCCGUUAUUUAUGUCGGUAGUCGUGACGAUUAGUGGGAAUGCACAGCAAGCAAGAAAAAAAUGGUCCAGUCCCAGUCCUCCGACUAAGAGGCCUCAGACCGAGGAAACCUUCGGUGGUUCAGCUGCAAGUAUUUUUAACAACUAUUAUACCAAACUAUACUCACUGAAGGCCACAGAUUGACAAAUAAAAAGAUGCGGGGGCCAUUUUGGUACUUUUCACCUUCAAAACCAGUACAAAAUCGAGAUUAUUUUCAAAGAACCAGAAAAUGCAAUCUUUGUAAAAAUUUCAUGAGAUUGCUGAAGAGCCAAAACCGAAGUACGCUGGCCAGAUAGCGUCAAGCAACAAGAAAUAUGGGCAAAACGGGCUAAAAAAGAUUGCAUGCUAACAGUAUGAGGCUGACAUACCAACAAUUGCCUCUUUACAGUUUGCAUUGAUGAAAUACCAAACUAUGACACUGAAUUGUAUACCUGUAAAAUUAGCUAAAAAAAAGCUAGCAUGCUAAUAUUACCAACUGUAGCAUGGAUCAAGUACCAAAAUGUAUUACUCUGCGAUGUAUACCUGAAAAAAUUAGUUUAAAAAAUUAGCAUGCUAUAUUUGGUGCAAAAAAAUAGCUGCCACGCUAACGAUUGUGCCGCAGGAUGUUAAAAAAUUUGCUUUUUUCAGGUAAACUACGCACUUUGGACACCUAUGAAUUAUACUAAAGCUACUCUAAGCGUUCUUGGCAUCGUAUGCACUUCCAAUGAAUGUACAGUACAUCCAGUACCAUAACUUUUUAGCAAGCACUGCAUUAGCUUCUAGCUAAUGGAGUUUGUCCGAUGUUCUCCCCUGGAUCGGACAAACCGGGAACUUUCAGGCUUUCAUCGUCGGAGAUGGUGAUCGAUCAUACUCGCUCAUUUUCUGUGGCCAAACCUGAGGUCAACACAACUGGUGUCACUUUUCAUCGAAUGUGGUUGAAAUUUUAGAAACAAAGAAGCUAUAAAUCCGGGGGGAAAAGGUCAAAGCUUGUUUAGAAAGCUACAAGAUGGCGUGUUGAGGUGGAUACAAAGUUUGCAGACUUUCUUACCAAUCCUGAACGUUACUGCUGAAAACGGUCACACUUUGAACCCUAUUGGUUUUGUAUUCUAGCAAUCUUCAGAUGGUCACUCAGUAUUUAUUAGCGUCAUUUGUCCGAUAAAGGAAGAAGCAGAAUGUCACGUUGCAGCUUCUUGAUAUCCCCGCUUGGUGUGCACUUCUGUUUUUGCAAAAUGAGCGUUGUGACGUGUGUGUGAGAAGGCGUGUGUCACCACUUUGAUAUUUAAUACCAUAUUGCUGCUGCUUGAAAUCAUACGGUCAGUGUGAGAAUAGAUACUAUUUUUAUAGGUUGUUUUGUAUUUUGGAGCAUCUUACUGCUGGAGAUGUUCUUCUUGUGCUGGAAAGGAAGACAAAUAAAAGCUCUUAAACUCUGA